GUUCUAAACUUUGCUUUUACAGCGAUUUUACAUUUCUGGGUAUUGAAUACAUAUAUAACACUUUUUCAUUUAUUUUAUCUGUCCUGUGUGAUCAUAUCAUUAUUCAGUAAUAAUUUCAAUAUAUUUUUUUUUAAUUUUCUGGAUCCUGUACACUGUACUGUAAAAAUAUCCAAUUACAUUAUCCAAUUAUUUAGUAUCCAAAUGUAACUAUAUAACCCAAAUCUCUUACAGAAGUGUCAUUUAAAAAGAUUAUUUAUGUAUCUAUUCCAGACAAGAAUUGAUGAAAUGUCACAUGAAGAGACUAAGUAUAUUUUGCAUCAGACAGCACAGCAGUUUCCUUCUUUGAUUUUUGACUUGGUCAAAGACAGUAGUGGAAACAGUGGAGGUUACCAUCCCAGACCAGAUGGAAACAUGUACAGUCCAGAUUGGUGUUGUGGUAACUGCAGAGAAAUGCCUACACAACCAGAGAAGCUCUGCUGCAAGAAAGAUCUACCAAAUUGUAUAACUUUGCUUCCGGAUUUCAAAGUUCUUAUUUUGGACGAAGCUGUCUUGGCCCUAGCACGCCUUUACAGGCAAGACAUGUUUGCUUUGCCAAAUGAGGAGGACUGGAAGAAAGCCAACAGGCAUGCUGCCUACAGACAGUAUAUAUUGUGGCAAGUUGGUCGUCUUGGUACUGGUGACAGACGGGUCAUCCCAAGCUGUGCGGUUUGGAAAAUUAGAGACAGGUUCCCUGAUGACUUUGGACAGUACACUGGUUUCAAGGCAUUCAGGAUUGCUUAAUUGAUAUCAUAUAUGUGUUAUAUAAGGUAUUUGUCCAAUGAUAAGUAUGAUGUAAAUGAUGAAUUGUUGAAAUAUGUUCACUUAUGUACCAAUGUCCAUGGAUGUUUAAUGAUGAUGAUGAUGUGUCAUAGAUAAGUUUGUAUAAUGAUGAUGAUGUGUCAUAGAUAAGUUUGUAUAAUCAUGUUUUGAAGUGGUGAUAUUCACUAAUGUAUCUGUUAUGAUGAUGAUGAUUUUAAAACUGUUAUGAUGAUGAUGAUUUUAAAAUACUUUACAUAUGUAUGUGUAGAUAAGGAAUGUUGAAUUAUAAUGCAUGGGAAGAUUGUAAGAAAUCUUGUAAUUUAAAUAAUGUGGAUAGUUACUGAAAAU